GCGACAGCGUGGGCACCUGAAAUUCGGUCAAGCUGCGGCACUGUGCGCUCGCUGUGACUGUCCACCCAGCUGCGCGAGAUGCGGGGACAGGACAUGAACGGACCGGACGGGUACUGAUGAAAGGAGGGUUUGGGGAUUAACAUGGAUGUCCCGGUGGCCUCUUUGUCACACGCACCUUCCGCAUGAAGAUGCGGAUUCGUCGGCGUUUCACUCGAAAUAGGCCUACAGGACUUUGACAGGCAUCGCAACGUCGUGUCUUCUCGAAUACCAGCCCUGGAAUCAGUGAUAAAAUGUCAGAUUGAUACAUCCGCGUUUGCCCUCUCUGUCCCUUUUUUCUCGUUCUCCUUUUUUGCCUUCGCUCUCUUUCCCUCCCCUCCCUUUCUCAUUUAUUUCUCGGCUGCGUCCGAAGAUUCUGCUAUGGUAGACACAAACGCAACGAGGAAAACCUCUGCGGUACCGGAGAUUACGCCUCUGGAUCGGUACGAUUUCGGCCGGGCCAAGAUACACGCCAGUGUUCGAUGGCUGUUGGUCAAGGCCUAUGGGUCUGGAGAGGGCGUGCCGGCGGACCUGCGGGAGCCACUGUCCCACGACGCCACCACCACCACCACCAAGCACAAGCAGCCUCCACAGCCACAGCAGGAGGACCAGUCACUGAAACCUGCGGUGGCGCGGCUGCUCCUCUCCUGCGAGCUGUACCGCCGCGCCUACGCCAGCGUCCAGCAGGGGGCGCCCACGGCCCAGGGGCCCAAGGACCACGGGGGGCUGCUGCAGGCGCUGGCCAAGAGGGGCCUGGAGGCGGCCGUCAGCGAGGGGGAGCUGGCCUGCCUGCCAAUCAAAGUGGGUGCCCAUCUGGCUGUGAUUGACGCGAUGAUGACACUGGCAGCCAUGGACACCGUCGGUGGAGUAAAGAUGGCUAAGGAGGUGGAGCAGUUUGGGGGUGGACCCACCUGGGAGAAUGCACUGUUGUUCUGGGUCAACAAGCUGAUUCAGAAGUUGAGAGAAAGCACAGACACAGAGGAGGUCCCAAAACCUCAACCCACCUGUACAGACCUGCAGCCUGUUCAGCCAUCGUGUCCGACUCGCUGGUACUGGAAGUUGGUCCCUCAUGCCAUCGCUUUUUGUUUGAAGGAGUCGGGGAAUAAGCCGCCUGUGAUUCGCUACAGGAAGGAUAAGGUGCAGUCCAAACAAACUCCUACGUUUCCGUUUGUGUCGGAGAUGAAGGAUCUGUCUAAUGGCUGUGCAAUCGCCGCCGUGCUGCACUUCUACUGUCCAACGCUGCUCCGACUGGAAGACGUGUGCCUGAGGGACACCAUGUCGGUGGCGGACAGUCUGUACAACCUGCAGCUCAUCAGGGACUUCUGUGAGCGCUGGCUGAAAGGAUGCUGCCCCCUGGUGUUGGAGGACCUACUCUACACCCCACCAACACUAAAGCUGAACAUCAUGUGCUUCAUGGCUGAGCUUUUGAAAUGGUUUGAGGUGCAGAAACCAGACAUCGUCCAACCAUUACUGACCUUGGACCUCACAGAUGCCUCAGGUCUAGAUGGCUGUACAAGCCCAAUGAAUGGGAACAGUAACAGUGGCUCUCCAUCAUUCAUCUUCAAGCAGCCCUUUCUGCCCAUCACCUCUCCAGUGUCCCCAGCAGGAGGAUCAGAAGGGAAAGGCUGGACAAAAAAGCAACUCAGUCGCCCUCUCUCGGCGGUAGCCUUCAGUAUCCCUUUCCCUCUGGACAGUGACGUGGACGUCGUCAUGGGCAACCCGCUCUUCCGCUCCGUCAGCACCGACAGCCUGACCGCUGCGUCCACGGCGAUGACACACCACCACCCUUACACUCCGCCCGAAGACCUGAGUCACAUGAUCCCCCCUGCACAAAUGGGAGAGCUGCCCACCAUCGAGGAGGCCCUGCACAUCAUCCACGCGCCCAACGGCGGUGUGGCUGUCCGGCAGAGGCCAGAGGGGGCGCCAGCGGGCUUCUACCUGCACUCGCCCGGCGAGGACGACCCGGGGAGCGAGGAGGAGGCGCCUGGAAGUGGGAGGGGCAAUGGGAAGAUGAAUGGCGGGUCGAGGCUCAGCUGCUCCGCCCCGUCUCGCUCGAUGCUGCUGCGCCGGCCGGUGGUGGGCGUGGACUCCCCCUCGGAAGGCACCGCCCCUCCUGUCGUCGUCACGGUGACGGCAGCCUCGACCACAACGGGAAGCCACAACAACGCCUCGCCACCCGUCACCCCAGGAAAGGCGCGCACGAUGACCAGCUUCGCGGCGCGCCGUCGGAGGCAGCCCGAGUCGCCCAUGACUCCGUCGGAGCCUGCGUCCACGCCCGACGAGCGCGAAGGGACCGGGACCUCCUCACCCAGGCGCCCCGCCCCCAGAGGAGGAGGAGGAGGAAGAGGGGAUGAUGGCGGCGACGAGGACAGCCCGAGCGUGAGCAGCCCCGCCGGGCAGGCGGAGGCCUGGGAGCUGGCCUCUCGGCUGGAAGAGAAGCGGCGUGCCAUCGAGUCCCAGAAGAGGCGCAUCGAGGCCAUCUUCACACGCCACCGCCAGCGCCUGGGCAAGACGGCCUUCCUGCAGCUCAAGAGGGAGCAGGGGGAGGGAGAGGGGGGAGAGAAAGGAGGAGGAGGAGGAGAAGUGGAUUCGAUGAGUCUGGAGGAGCGCCUCUCGCGCAUGGAGGAGGAACUGCAGCGCGAGGAGGAGAAGGAGAAGGAUGAAGACAAAGAGACGGCGAAAGAGGAGAAGGAGAAAGAGAGGGAAGGAGGAGAGAAGGCGCCAGAGGAGGAGGUGGGAAGUGGGAGCGGCAAGGCAGCACCCAAGCUGGAGAAGCAGGUGACCUUCUCCGUGGAGACCAGGAAGGGGCAGGAGAGCGGGGCCGCACCCCUGAGCCAAUACGACGACGCGGUGACCAAGCUGAGCUCCGCCCUGCAGGCGCUACAAAAGGACAUGCAGAAGCUGACGGAGCAACAGCAGAAGCUCAUGGGCGGGGCCAAGAAGACCACGCCCACCAAGACCACUCCCUUCAGGAAGACUCCGCCCCCUAGCAAGGCCUGGGUCAUACCGGCCAGCCCCAAAGGCUCGGCCUCGGCAUCGGCAUCGGCCUCUGUCCCUCGCCUGUCUCGAGAGUCCACUCGUGAUAUGUCCCCGUCCUCGCCCUCCCGGUCCGCCCACAACCACCAAGCUCUGCCCAGUGCCGCGCCCAAGUCCCCUCAGGCGACCGCCACCGGCUCUGCCUCCGCUGGCCGGAAGACUCCCAAGAGCCCCUCGUCCACUGUCCCCAAGAGCCCCUCGUCCACUGUCCCCAAGAGCCCCUCGUCCACUGUCCCCAAGAGCCCCUCGUCCACUGUCCCCAAGAGCCCCUCGUCCACUGUCCCCAAGAGCCCCUCGUCCACUGUCCCCAAGAGCCCCUCGUCCACUGUCCCCAAGAGCCCCUCGUCCACUGUCCCCAAGAGCCCCUCGUCCACUGUCCCCAAGAGCCCCUCGUCCACUGUCCCCAAGAGCCCCUCGUCCACUGUCCCCAAGAGCCCCUCGUCCACUGUCCCCAAGAGCCCCUCGUCCACUGUCCCCAAGAGCCCCUCGUCCACUGUCCCCAAGAGCCCCUCGUCCACUGUCCCCAAGAGCCCCUCGUCCACUGUCCCCAAGAGCCCCUCGUCCACUGUCCCCAAGAGCCCCUCGUCCACUGUCCCCAAGAGCCCCUCGUCCACUGUCCCCAAGAGCCCCUCGUCCACUGUCCCCAAGAGCCCCUCGUCUCAGUCCCCUGGCGGGCAGAGGGCCUGUGUCCUUCCGACCAUGCGCUUCCCGCUGGGCUGGGUGGUCCUGACGACACCGCAGAGCGUCGACACGCUCCCGCACCUGCGCCGCGUCUCGCCCAGCAAGUGCCAGGUGCAGACGCUGCCCGUCCGGCGCUCGGCGGGGGGCGAGACCCCACGCCUCAGACCCCCACGCACAGGAUCUUCCCAUGCGCUCAAGCCCGAAGAAAGCACCUCCGAGUCGGGCUCGAGCGACGAGCACGUGGCCAUGUUCAGCCUGGAGCUCGACGUGGGUCCUCCUCCUGCUCCUCCGGCUACCAUUACCGCUGCUCAAGCUUUAGCAACCGCUAAUGCUAGCGCUAUUGCUCAAGCUUUAGCAACCGCUAAUGCUAGCGCUAUUGCUAAUGCUAAUGCUAGCGCUAUUGCUACCGGAGCUGCUUUCCCGAGACCUCCAGGGUCGGUGGCCGGCGGGAGCAGUGUAGGGGGAGGCAGCAGCUCGGGGGCCCCGUCCGAGUGCUCCUUUGACAGCGACCUCAUGAUCAGUGGCGGCCUAACAGACGGAGAGGUGGAGGUGGAGACAGAGGGAGAAGGAGGAGGAGAAGGAGGAGGGGAGGAUAGUGAGCAGCUGCUGGAGGAGGCGCUGUCGUCCCUGCAGGGGCCACUAGGGGGCGGCGAGGAGACGGAUCAAGAGCUGGGGCCGGAGAUCUUCUCGUCCGACUCCAUGAGUGACCAGACAGAGUCAGACACCAAAGGAGGCGUCGGGUUCUUCUUCAGGGAGGAGGGCCUGUCGGAGGAGGAGAUGGCCCAGAGGAAAGCGGCUCUUCUGGAGAGACAACAGAGGAGAGCCGAGGAGAUGAGAAGACGCCGCCAGGAGCAGGAGAGAGAGAACAGUCGGGCGUCGUCUGCAGACGAGCUCCGCCUCUCCCAGUCCCUCCCCACUUCCUCUUUCUUUGCCCCGCCCCCUGUCCAGCGGUCACAGGCCACACCCCCGUCCACUCCCCAGAGGCGGGGCAACUUCACGCGGGAGGAGUACGAGCGACGUCACCAGCUGAAGAUCAUGUCCGACCUGGACAAGGUGCUCCGGCAGAAGCCGUCCACCAGUAAACAACAGAAACAACAACAACAAAAACAACAACAACAACAACAACACAAACAACAACAGCACAAGCACCGCGCCAACAAGAGUCAGGACAACAAUGCCGUCAUCACCAAGAGCCCUGCCAAGAAAAAAACUGAUUCCAGUUCAGCUGGCGCCAUGACCAACGGGCCCCUAUCUGCUGUGAAGCCCCCCAGCCGUUCCAACUCCCCCGCGGGGCGGACGAUGUCUCCGUGCCGGCCGGCCAAUCAGAACGGUGAUAAAGACUGGGAGAACGGCUCGGGGGCGUCGUCGCCGGCCUCGCUGCCCGAGUACACUGGGCCCAAGCUGUACCGUGAGCCCAGCUUCAAGUCCAACAAGUUCAUCAUCAACAACGCCCUCUCACGCUGCUGCCUGGCCGGCAAGGUCAACCAGACGCAGAAGGACAAGAUCAUUGAGGAGAUCGAGAAGAGCUCGGCGAACCACUUCCUGAUCCUUUUCCGUGACUCCCAUUGCCAGUUCAGAGCCGUCUACACGGCUGGUGGCGGCGGUGGAGCCAGCGGCAACAGCGGAGUCGGUGCCGGUGCCGGCAGCAACAGUGGCGGUGGCGGCGAGUCGUCGGAGGAGCUGGUGCGGCUGUGUGGCGUGGGGCCACGCGUCAUCUCCUGCGCCGACGUGGAGGCCAUCUACAAGUACAGCUCGGACCGCAAGCAGUUCAGCGCCAUCCCCUCCAAGACCAUGUCCAUGAGCGUGGACGCUUUCACUAUCCCCGCCCACCUCUGGCACACCAAGAAGCAGAGCACGCCCAAGAAGGUCGCCACACCCAAGUGAUCACACACACGCAGACACACACACACACACACACACACACACACAUAAGCGACAGAGCCACCUCACAUUUUCUACAAGGCCCUAACUUCUUUCCAAUGAUUGACUGGGUACUCCACAUGUUGGCUGGCCCAAGAAGGCCAGAUCUGGAUACCAAGCUAUGCCCCAAAGGCCAUAGAGCCUUGAUGUAAUCAUUUUUAAAAAUCCUGCAAAGAUGCAAAGUCUUAAGUCUCCCUUUCACCUAAAUCACCAAUGAACAAAUGUGACACUCACAAAAUGAAAUGGCACUAUACAGCAAAGAACAAACAUGCACCCAAAUGCAUGUCAAUUAUGUACAUGAUGACCACAGGGCAGUUGUGUGGGUUGAUCACAUGGCACAUACACAACCCCACACCCCACAUGGACAAACAUCAGUCGCCACAAAAUAUGCCCCACCAUGUACAAAUGGCAAGUUAAGUGGUUAUAGGUAUUACACUGAUAGGCAUGUCAUCUAUAUUGACCCAGAGCCAUAUAGAUAUCAAGAGAGUUCCAUUAUCAGCAUCAUAGUUGUUCCCACAAGGCUUCCGUUUUAACAUUCCGUUAUCUUAAUGAAGUGGAAGUAGAAAGCAACGUUCAAAAUAGAACGUUCAAGCAUUGUUGAAAGGGUCUAUUAAAUGUGUGUAUGUCAGUGACACACCAAGUGUUCUGUGUCUCCAUAGGAGAGGAAGGGGAAGAACAUGCUAUAAUUGCUCCACAGCUCCCAAACUCUACCCCAUGUUAUAUGAGAUGAAUGUCCCUGGAUGCCUAGCCCUAUUAUAAGUCACUAUGUCCACUAAAACACACCCCCACCCCCCUCCUUAUUUCUGAACUUUUAUAAACUGCUGUAGGUUCAUAAGUGUCUGUGGUUUGUAAAGCUUCCUCUGAAGUGCCCUAGUUCAGUGUUCUCACAAAAACACACCAGACUGAUGAUAAUAAGAUGUGAAUAAUAACAACAACCUGUGCUGUUGAAUUGUGGUCUCGUGCUAGACCUGUCUCUGACCCAGGAAUGUCUAUUAAUUUUCUUUCCUAGCUUUAAAUCGAAAGCAAUGUCAAUGGCAAGCUCCUCUAUCCUUUCUCCUUUUUCUUCCAUAUAAGACUGUAAAUAGUGUUCUUUGUAGGUUUUUAAGGUCAUUUGUUGCCCACAAAACUUUUCCAAAGAGUCUUGAAAGCCACUCUCCCUUUUUUUUUCUCUGCAUGAACAUGGUACAGGCAGAUCACCUGUCCCAUUGUGUGGGUCAUACCACCUGAGCACUUAAGGGGAUGAAGACUUUUUUUUCUUACUCUGUGUUGUAUUUUAAAGAUAAGCUGUGUAUAGUUACUGUAUGUACGUAGGCUCAUUGCCACCCUGCAUCUCAGACAAAGGAGUUUUUUCGAUCAUCUUUGUCUUUUUUUAAAAUAAUUAUUUUGCCAUAAGUAAUGAACUUGAGAAACAGUAGCCCACUGUUACCAAGGACACUAGCCUUAUCUCUGAUAUGACCUGUAAUGGGUCAAAAACUAAUAGUGGGGGUUAUGUCUUCAGGCUGCUGUUAUACACACACACACACACACACACACACACACACACAUCCAGAAGACCUAGAAAGUCUUUGAAUUUGAAGUCCUUGAAUUAAAAGUGUAGGAACACUAACACACACACACACUUUCUCUCUCUCUCUCUCUCUCUAACACACACACACACAAGCACAUGCACACAUAUAUACAUAAAGAGACAAGCAUACAAUCUUUUAUGCCACAGAGAAAUGCAACCAGCUGAUUUUGCCUUCUGAUAUUUAUUUCCAAGAUUCCCUGAAGUCUUGUUUUGUAUUUGCAAAAAAAAAGAAAUGCCUUUUUAAGUAUUUUCACUGCUUGUUUUUUUCUCGUUUGAGUAUGAGAGCGAUUACGCUAUCCUUGAAUGGAUGAGCAAACCGUUACUGAACAGGUCAAGAAGGAAUCAAGAGGUGCAUUUGAGAAUUUCCAUUCGCAGAAUGUGAUUGUUUGUUAGUUUGUUUGCUUGUGUUUGAUUGUUUGUUUGUUUGUUUGUUUGUUUGUUUGUUUGAACCCCUUCAGCUGUGCUGCUUUGGGCUGAUGUGUAUAAAAUGCUGAAUGGCCAUUGUCUUCUGACUGACCAUAACAGUCAUGAGCUCAGUAAAGAUUGAGUUUGAAAAAGAAAGAGUUUUUGUCCCGGCUACAAUGGCCCAAUGCCAUAGAGAUAAACAUAGAGAUGUGAUGUGUGGUCAGUGUGUGUAAAUGGUCACUGUUGCGACAUUUAAGACAUGAUGACCCUUGCCUCCAGCCAAGCCAAUCCCCACACACAC